GGUUUCUCUGCCGCCUUAUCGCUGGCCCCGCGUUGUCUGCCUGCCUGCCUGCCUGCCUGUCUGUAGUGUGGUACGGUGGCGGACCCCUCGUCCGCUCAGUAAGGAGCAACAAUGGAUUGGCCCCAACAAAGAUGUAGUAGGUGUUGGGAGAAGACAUCUCACCUGAAAUGGAGGUGAUCGAAGGAGCUGAACACUGACUGCACCAACAUGGGGCUGCGACUGCUGGCUUGUCUUUUCCAUUUGCCCACUGCAGUGAUCUAUGGCUCUCUGUCGCUCUUUGUUUCCAUUUUGCACAACGUGUUCCUCCUGUACUAUGUGGACACCUUUGUCUCUGUUUACAAGAUUGAUAAACUGUCCUUUUGGAUAGGAGAGACAGUGUUUCUGAUCUGGAACAGCCUCAAUGACCCUCUGUUUGGCUGGCUGAGUGACCGAGUAUUCCUUAGCACACAGCAGGCAGGAGCAGAGAUUUCGUCCCCUGAAGUAGUUCUGAAGAGGCUCAGAGCACUAAGCCACAAUGGCCCUCUCUUUGCCAUUUCUUUCCUGGCUUUCUGGGUUUCCUGGGCUCAUCCUGGUUUGCAGUUCCUCCUUUGCCUUUGCAUGUACGACAGCUUUCUCACCAUGGUUGACCUCCAUCACAAUGCCUUGCUUGCAGACCUGGCUGUUUCAGCAAAAGACAGGACUAGCCUCAACUUCUACUGCUCCCUCUUCAGUGCUAUAGGCUCCCUGUCUGUCUUCAUGUCCUAUGCAGUAUGGAACAAGGAGGACUUCUUUUCUUUUCGCAUAUUUUGCGUCCUGCUGGCCCUCUGCUCCAUUGUUGGCUUCACCCUGUCCACACAGCUGCUCCGCCAGCGGUUUCAGGCUGAUGGGAAAGCAAAAUGGGACGAGGAAUCAACCCUGAAAGGGCUGUACAUUGAGAAACUCUCCGUCCCCCAGGAGAAGAGGAUCACCCUGGCAGAGUAUCUCCAGCAGCUCUCCCGGCAUCGCAACUUCCUCUGGUUUGUCUGCAUGAAUCUUGUCCAGCUCGUCUGCAUGCUGCCUUCACAGGUUUUUCACUGCCAUUUUAACAGCAACUUCUUCCCUCUGUUCCUGGAGCACCUGCUGUCAGACCAGAUCUCUGUCUCUACUGGAUCUUUCCUGCUUGGUGUUUCCUACAUUGCCCCCCAUCUCAACAACCUCUACUUCCUGUCACUCUGCCGCCGCUGUGGGGUUUACACUGUGGUGCAAGGACUCUUCUUCCUGAAGCUGGCUCUGAGUGUUGUCAUGUUCCUGGCAGGACCUGAUCAGGUGUAUCUGCUCUGCAUCUUCAUUGCCAGCAACCGCGUGUUCACAGAAGGGACCUGUAAGUUACUCAACCUGGUGGUCACUGAUUUGGUGGAUGAGGAUCUAGUCCUGAACCGUAGGAAGCAGGCGGCCUCAGCCCUGCUCUUUGGGAUGGUGGCUCUGGUCACCAAACCAGGCCAGACCUUCGCCCCUCUGAUUGGCACCUGGCUGCUCUGUGCAUACACAGGAUACGACAUCUUCCAGCGCAACCCCCUGAACAACGUGGUGAGUGCCCAGCCGAAGCUGGAGUCUGCCGUGGCCUUGGAGCCAACUCUUCGCCAGGGCUGCUUUUACCUCCUUGUCUUCGUGCCCAUCGCGUGUGCCCUGCUGCAGCUCCUCAUCUGGUCGCAGUUCAGCCUGCAUGGGAAGCGGCUGCAGCUGGUGAAGGCUCAGCGGCAGAGCCUGACACAAGGCCAAGCACCAGAGGUCAAAGCAAUCUAAGGGUGCCUGAGCCCCCAGGAUGCUACUGGUUCCAGGCUGGUGCUGGAGGGCAGGUGAAGGGCAGGGAUGGUGGGCUGAGAGAGCCUGAUGUUCAUGGUUCAGCUGUGAAACGCUGUGAUGCCAAUGUUUGCUCAUUCCAGGUGGUCAUCACUGGGGAAGGCAGAGAGGUUCAGCAUGUGAGGGGCCUGAGACAGACCACUUGAUCUCAGGAGCAAGAACAUUUUAUCCCAGCUUGUCCAGGGAGCGGAGAGCUGCUAGAAACAGACACAUCCCCAAUGCACUUCUCUGUGCUGGGUGUGGCUGUGGGGAGCCACAGCCUCUCCAGCUGAGCAGGAGACUGCACAGGGGGUCCUUCCUCACUAGAGCCUUUCACUCUUGUGGAGUGGGAGGCUCCUGAGGGACCAAGUGACCCAAGGGAAUGAUUGCCAAACAGGAGCAGGGAUGAAAGGACCUUGAAGGCCUUUCCCAGUAACUGGUAGAACCCUUCCACUUGCAGUGCUGUGGUUUUUGGACCAAAUCCACUCUUAAGCAUUUGUUGUUCACAGGACAAUAUCCUGCACAUCCAGGAUCUGCUGGGUGGGCUGUUUUAUGCUGAGGUUCCCUUCUCUGUGGUCUUGUACAGGGAGUUGUUGCUGGGUUUGAACUGAGUUCAGAGCCUUGAGCUGUAUCAUUUCACUGGGCAUCCCAUUGCAUGUGUCUACCCCUCACUUCCUCUCUGCAGCCCCUUCCACUCAGUGCUGUCACACAGCUGUACCAUGAGCCCCCUCCCAUUCUGGGCAAGGUGAGGGAACCAACCCCUAAUCCAGCCACUGGAAGUGCCUCCCUGCCCAGGGCGAUCCCAGGUGACCCAGUGAGGCAGCCUGGUGCCCUCCCCUCUUGUAGGAGAGCACAGCCUGGAGGAGACACCAGGUCUUGCUUUUGUGCCUUUGAUUCUUCUUUGGAGCCUGUCUGACACAGUCCUGGGCAGUCACAGGAUUGGGAUUUUACCCCUGUGGAGAGGGGCAGACAUCUCAGCUCCUCUGUGCUUGAAACAGUGCCCGAGUUAGAUCAUCUCACCUGCUGAGAGCAGGUCAGAGAGCUGCUUAGCCAGGGACCCAAGAGCAGGUGCUUUGGUCUCCUUGGUUUUGGCUGAGAGCAGAGGGACAGGUUAUCACCAAAGGGGUCCCUGAGGCAAGGGAGUGACUCCUCAAUCCCUGGUGAUGUCUUUGGGGGCAGGCAGAAGGGAUGUGCCAAAUCCUGUGCCUGCCUGCCUGCUGCAGGAGGGAGGUUUGGCAGGCAGUGGUGUUUGAAGCUGUUGCAUGUUGAGGGAUGUUCUUUUUUUAGUGCCAGGUUCCCUCUGGGGUCUCAGCCCACCAAUCUGCCAUCUUGCCUCAGGACAUGGCUGCCUUCUGUCUUGGACCAAGAUAUUCCUGCCAUGAGGCUGCUGUAGUUCUUACUGGUUCAAUCAUAAGUUAUUUCUGCAACUUCUAACCAAGUUUGAGAAUGAUUCUCCAUUUCAUAAAUUAAAGAUUAUCUUUUUCUGAA